UAAUGUUGUCAUUAGGAAAACAGUCAGCACUCAGGUUUGAUCAGCAACAGCGACCGCGUGCUUCCGCACAACAGCAGGUCAGCUGAUUGAAACGGCACGCGGAAACAGUAAAGUCAAUUUGAAAUCGCCACUAGUUCUCCAAAGCACUCGGUCUUCACCCACAAACACCAGCGCUUAACGUAAAGCAAAACGUAACGUCUUUCUUUCGUAAGCGGAUUUUUUUUAAGUGCAGUGACUCGGAUAGUUGAUGUAAAAACAGUGGGCGAGAAAGAUAUGGCAAACAACGAGUCGCUGGUCGCAUUGAAUGGGACUCAGAUUUCAUACAUUGGGCACGACUGUAAGGAAAUUCCAGAGUUCCUUGGAGAGACCUAUGGCCAGUUUGCACGAAGGCUGGAUCUGAGUUUUAAUCAGCUCAGGUCACUGGCAGGCCUCAAAAUGUUCACUGAGCUGGAAGAGCUGAUCGUCGACAACAAUCUGCUUGGAAAUGACCUCCAGUUGCCCAGGUUACCCAACCUCCACACCCUGACGCUCAACAAGAACCACCUGACUGAUAUCGAGGCCUUGCUGGAACACUUGGCUGAUGUGACCCCAUCACUCGAGUACCUAAGCCUGCUGGGAAAUGAGGCCUGUCCUAACCAGCUGGUCAGCCCGGAUAAGGACGAGGACGACUACCAGCGAUACAGGUACUUUGUUCUGUACAAGUUGCCACAACUGAAGUUUCUGGACACCAGGAAAGUAACCAAAAGAGAAGGGAUGGAGGCACAGGAAAGGGGCGCAUUCAUGAAAGUGGUCAAGCCUAAGCCGGAAGCUUCACUUAAUGAGGCUGGAUCAGAGAGCCAUCCACUGCCCUAUUCGCCUCUACCGCGAGGAUCCAGAGAUCCCAUGCCCCACAAAGGAGUGUUCGCCAAGUGUCGCUACAUCUACUAUGGCAAGCACUCAGAGGGCAACAGAUUCAUCAGAAACGAUCAGCUCUGAUGGACAGCCGCUCAACCGUAGACUAAGAGACGGACAUGGAAGGCAGCAGAUGCUAACAGAAGGACGGGAGGAUCAAGUCAGUCUUAUUUAUUGAAUCCAGUGGUGAUAUUUGGUUCACCUAAUCACCUGAUCUGGAAAAGAAAAGAUUUAAAUUCCUUGAAUAUAUGUUCCUAUAUAAAAGGAAGGUUUCCUUGUUUUUAAAGAUCAUAUUGUAGCCCCAUAGUUAGAGCCUCUUUUGCUUCUGCUUCCCUGCAUGCAGCUCAGCCGGAGAUGACACUCUGAAUGACAUGAUUGCCUCUAAGCAUUUGCAACUGCAAAACUCGAGACUCAAAACACAAACACAAGAGCACAAGCCUCUCUCUCUCUCUCUCUCUCACACACACACACACACACACACACACACACACACACACACACACACACACAGAGUCAGUGACAAACAUACCCAGCCAAUUGCGUCCUCUUCCUUGACAGCCAUGAUGAAUCACUUGUCCACUACCACCACUAAUCAAGGGUGAAGAGGUUAUGGUCACACACCUGGGGCCUGACACGGACUCAUCUCUUUCACCGUGUGUAUCAUUCGCUUACACACACUCACAUCUUCUUUAAAACAUUAAGACAAGGCUUUAGUUUGAGGCAGAAUUUUAUUUUUUUUCAGGGGAGUAGGGUUUUUUGUGCUCAUGUGAUUUUUAUUUGGUUAUUUUUAUCUUUUGGAACUUUUGGUGUCUAAAAAAGAGAAAAUUUCUUCUUGAAAGUCGAAAAUCGGAUAACUGAGACGAUUCGGUGAGUUUCUUCUACAGUGUGCACAUUUUUUUUUGUUUGAAGCAAAAGAAGCCAAACGAAAUGCAGCUUAAUCAUAAAAAUAAAACAUUCCAGCACCAGCUUUAAUUUCUCUUUCCAGGUUCAUGUCUGAAAUGUUGCUCUCUUUUAUUGCUUUACAAUUUUCAGAAUAUCCAAGCCAAUGUAAUAACCAGUGUUGCUGCAUGAGAAAUGUUUACAUUUUGUUAUUCUCUUUAUAAUUGUUGUGGCUUACCAUUGUUGUAUUGAUCCGUUUAAUGCCCUCUCACAGCAGCAGGUCAAAUUUCUGAGGCAACAAAUUGAAAUUUUAAUGUAAAGGAUGUGAUAAAUCUGAUCUGAUGUGAAAUUGUAUUAACAGGAUUUAAU